AUGACAUGCUGCCCCGCAGUUUCCUUGGAGUCUUCUCCUGCUGCAGCAGCAGCAGCAGCAGCAGCAGCAGCAGCAGGCAGCAGCAGCAGCAGCAGCAGCAGCAGCAGCAGCAGCAGCAGCAGCGGGGGGGGUGGGGAGGGGGCGAAGCAGCGGCAGAAUGAGCCUCACGAUAAGCAGCAGCAGCCGCACGACCAGCAGCAGCAGCAGCAGCACGACCAGCAGCAGCAGCAGCAGCACCCGCACGACCAGCAGCAGCAGCAGCACGACCAGCAGCAGCACCCGCACGACCAGCAGCAGCACCCGCACGACCAGCAGCAGCAGCAGCAGCACCCGCACGACCAGCAGCAGCAGCAGCAGCACCCGCACGACCAGCAGCAGCAGCAGCAGCAGCAGCACCCGCACGACCAGCAGCAGCAGCAGCAGCAGCAGCAGCAGCAGCAGCAGCAGCAAACCUGCAGCGUGAGGCGCUGGACGUCAGUGUAA